AUGGGCCUGAUCUGGCUCCUGCUGCUCAGCCUGCUGGAACCCGGCUGGCCCGCGACGGGCCCCGGGGCCAGGCUGCGGCGGGAUGCGGGCGGCCGCGGCGGCGUCUACGAACACCUCGGCGGGGCGCCCCGGCGCCGCAAGCUCUACUGCGCCACCAAGUACCACCUCCAGCUCCACCCGAGCGGCCGCGUGAACGGCAGCCUGGAGAACAGCGCCUACAGUAUCCUUGAGAUUACAGCGGUGGAGGUGGGCGUAGUGGCCAUCAAGGGACUCUUCUCCGGGCGGUACCUGGCCAUGAACAAGAGGGGUCGACUCUACGCUUCGGAGCACUACAGCGCCGAGUGUGAGUUUGUGGAACGCAUCCACGAGCUGGGCUACAACACCUAUGCCUCUCGCCUUUACCGCACAGCGCCUGGAGGGCCCGGCGCACGGCGCCAGCCUGGGGCCCAGAGACCAUGGUACGUGUCUGUGAAUGGCAAGGGUCGGCCACGCAGGGGCUUCAAGACCCGCCGCACACAGAAGUCCUCGCUCUUCCUGCCCCGUGUGCUGGGCCACAAGGAGCACGAGAUGGUGCGGCUACUGCAGAGUGGCCAGCCAGGCCCCCCCAGGGAGGGUAGCCAGCCCCCGUGGCAGCAGCGGAAGUAACCUGGAGACCACAGUGCCGUGGAGGACUCCCUCACCCGCAGGACUGGCUGGGGCCUGAGUGGCCACCAUCGGAUCUUCACCCAGGAUACUGUGUGGCAGAUGCUCAGAACCAGCAGCCCAUCCGGCAAAUCGCACCCCUGCCUCUGGGGUGGGUACUGUUUAGGGGGCCAGUGGAAGCUGAGUUCCCUUUGGCGCCCUCGAACAAGAUUGAAUAGGAGCCACAGUCCAGCCCCGGGGGGAGGACUGUCCAAAGGCAAGGUGUGAAGUUGGCUUGGGGAGUCAUGGAGGCGUUCUGCAGCCCAAGGUGUGGCCCCGCCCACGGCGGAGCAUCUUGACAUUGCUUGAGAAUGGGCAGCACAGGGCUCUCUGUAACGGGACGAUUAAA